GCUCCAUUAUGGUUGAGUAGAAAAUUGCACAUAACUGUAAAAGAUUCAUCGCUAGCACAGCGCGCUGCUAAUUCUGCAAAAUGUUGGAACAAUUGCGCGCGAAGCGCUCAGGGGUCUUCAAGUACCACUGGAUGGCUUUGUAUUAGCUAAGUUGGAAGUCGUAUCGUUACGACGUUAGGCGAGUCAAUGCCGGCAAGGUGCCAGUCGGGAAGCCCGCCAGCGGACGUCAACCACGUAGACUUACGUGCGCGCCCGCGGAGGCCACCGCGACGGGCCCUCCUAGCGGUUUCACUGAUAUCUGUGGUGACAUGGUGGGGCUGCUUAUGGCCGCUGGCAGCUGGCAGAGGCAGCAACAGCAGCAGCGCUGGCGGUAGGAGUAGUAGCGCUGGCGGUAAGGACUCGCUGGUUGCCAGCCACUGCGCCCGCUACUCGGCGUUUGAGGCGGGCAUUGCGGAGGACCUGCUGCCCUGGUACGACCAGGGCAUCAGCGAGGCGCUGGCGGACCGGCUGCUACAGGAGCGAUCCAUGGGUGGUCGCCACCGCGCGCCGGGGCUGCCGCUGGCGGUGGUGGGCGGGCGGCUGUAUGUGGUGGGGCUGGCGGGCGACGGUCCGGGCGCGGCGGAUCAGCAGCGCAUCGCCAACUGCUGGCCGUGGCAGGCGGAGAACCUGGUCACAUACGCGCACGCCAUGCGGCGUCUGGUGGCUCGGUGGGGCGGCGCGCUGCCGGACCUGGAGUUCCUGGUGGAGACGCAGGACGCGCCCGGUCAGGACAUGGGCGUGGGCGGGCAGGGGCAGCCCGGCGCACAGCCCGACCCCGCGGCCGAGUGGGGCGUGUGGCCGGAGCCGCCUGCGAGGCAGCACGGGCGGCUGCCGGUGAUGCGGCACUGCAAGGCAGCCACCAGCACCGACAUCGCGGUUCCCAUCUUCCACAUGUACACGCUGCGCCUGGACGAGGCGCUGUUGGCGGCGGGGGCGCAGGAGCGGCUGGCGAGGGACCACCCCUGGGAGGCCCGGCAGCAGGCGGCCUUCGCGGCUGGCACCAACUACCACCGCCACCAGGUUGUGCCCUCCACACUGAAGCAGUGGGACGGCAAGAACCGCGGCAAGACGGUGGAGAUGGUUCGUGAGGCGCUGGCCGACUACCUGGCACAGGAGCUGCAGCACCCCAACAUCACCUACUCCAAGGGCAGCACGCCCAUCGCGGACUGGGCCCGGUACCGCAUGGUCAUGCACGUGGACGGCAUCUCCUGCUCCUCGCGCAUUGUUCAGCUGUUGGCUCUGGGCAGUGUGGUGCUGCGGGAGCAGUCGGGCUACAUGGGCUUCUACGACCGUCUGCUCACCAAGUUUGUGCACUACGUGCCGUUCUGGUCUCAGCGGCCGCGGGAGGUGCUGUGGGCCUACAACUGGGUGCUGGCCAACGACGAGGCGGCGCGAGCCAUUGCCGCCCGCGGCCAGGCCUUUGCACGCCACUUCCUGAGCCGCGAGGCGGUGGAGUGCUUCUGGCUGCUGCUGCUGCGCCACUACGCCCGGCUGCAGAGGUUCAGGCCGGGCACCAGGGCGGUGGCUGCUGCUGCUGCUGCAGCACGGAAUAGCAUUGGCACUGGUGGGGCGCAGCAGCUGGUGCUGACGCCAAUAGACGACUGGCUGGCAAAGCAGGAGGGCACCGUGUCGGGCUGGGCGCCCACACACGUGGCGGACCGGGGCGGCGAGCUGGACCUGCUGCCGGCAGUGGACAUGACGGCGGCGGCGGCGGUGGCAGGUGGUCAGGGGGGAGGAGCAGGGGCCGCAGCAGCAACAGCAGCAGGAGCAGCAGGGGCGCCGGGCGCGGUGGCAGGGACAGGCAGGAUAGGAGGAAAGGGGGCAGCAGGUAGGGCGUCGUGAAUACGGGUGCCACGACUGUCAAUGAUUAAUCCUAGACUGCAUUCAUGCUUCAUUCGUAAGUGCGGUGAGACCGGACAUCAGCCUUGGUAUCAACAGGCCGCCGUAAUGACGUUGCUGACUGGGGUUUGGCUAGGCCCUGCCGGGGCUGACGGCAAGAGGUAGCCGGGUCAGAGCCAACCUCACGCCCUGCCUGCACUCUCCAGUGGCCCAGUCUCAGGGAGACUCAUCCGUCGGAGUUGUGCAUAUACGAUUAUAUUGCUUUCACUGUGCGUGAAGUGAGGUAGUGCUGCUUAUCAUAAAGUCCCUUCUAACUUGAGCUCUGGGCUCUGAAAGCAUGGCAUUCGUACAGGCCUGGGGUGGCGGGCAUCUCCACUAUUGCUAUUGCUAGUUAUUACAUCACUGCUGUAAUAGCGAGCAACA